AUGGCUGAGGGGGGCAUGCCUGCUGACCACCUUGUGUUUCCUGGAGUUGAGGAUGUUGCUGGGGAUGUUGGUCAUGGGGAGAUUGGGGCUGGGGAUGUUGGCCAUGGGGAUGUUGGUGCUGGUUUCACAACUGCAUCACAGGUUCUAGCUCAGCAGAGGACAAAUCUGAGGUGGACUGACCCUAUGUCUGGGUUUGUGCUGCGCCACAUGUGCCAGCUCAUAACCAUUGGAGUUAGGACUGAUAAGGGUUUCAAGGAAGUUCACCUUAAUCAGGUAGCCAAAGCGCUUCAUGAGUUCAGUGGGCAAGAGGUCACUGGUACCCAGGUGUACAACCACCUGAGAAAGUGGAGGCAGAGGUGGGUGAGAGUGACCAAACUGAGGGAGCUAAGUGGUGCUUUGUGGGAUGAGGAUGCAUGCAUGAUUGUGCUAGAGGAGGAGCACUACAAUGGCCAUACCCAAGCACAUCCCAAAGAUGCUGAGCUCCUGAACAAACCCAUCCAACACUACAAGCAGAUGAUGAUCAUCUUUGGAAAUGGUCAGGCAACUGGUAAGUAUGCCAUGGGAUCAAAUGAACCACUGGGUACUCCAUCUGACUUUGCUGAGAGCUCCCUCAAGCCUAACCCAACAGAGCUUCUUAGUGGGAAAACUGACACCGUUGAUGCUACAAAACCUGAGGUGGUUGUUGGGAACAAGAGGAAGAGAUCUGUGCUUGCUGAUGAGGAUGUGGUGUUGUUCACUGGAAUGGCAGAUGCUGUGAGGGAUGUUGCAGAUGCUAUUAGGUCUACUAAGGUGGAGGAUUCUCAUCUAGAGUUGUAUGCAGCUGUGAUGUAUGUGCCUGGCUUCACUGACGAAGCCCUGAUGUGUGCUUAUGGUCACCUGUUGGACAACAAGGCCCUGGGCACAACUUUUGUCAAGAUGGUUGACUCCCACCGUGUCUUGUGGCUGAGGACUUUCUUGGCCAAGCACUACUAUGUUUGA